AUCUCUGCAUAUAUUCUUCAAGCUCAAGGUUUGAUCUUCACCUGACAAUCGAUCCGAUGGCUACAUAUAUGCCUAAGAACAUCCUCAUCACUGGUGCUGCUGGAUUCAUAGCGUCCCAUGUUGCUAACAGACUAGUUCGUAGCUACCCUGAGUACAAAAUCGUUGUGCUUGACAAGCUUGAUUACUGUUCUAACCUGAAAAACCUUAAUCCUUCUAAAUCCUCUCCUAACUUCAAGUUUGUGAAAGGAGAUAUCGCCAGUGCUGAUCUCGUCAACUACCUUCUCAUUACUGAAGAAAUCGAUACCAUUAUGCACUUUGCUGCUCAAACCCAUGUUGACAAUUCUUUCGGUAAUAGCUUUGAGUUUACUAAGAAUAAUAUUUAUGGUACUCAUGUCCUUCUGGAAGCUUGUAAAGUCACUGGGCAGAUCAGGAGGUUUAUCCAUGUGAGUACUGAUGAGGUCUAUGGAGAGACUGAUGAGGAUGCUUCUGUUGGAAAUCACGAGGCUUCUCAGUUGCUUCCGACUAAUCCAUACUCUGCCACUAAAGCUGGAGCUGAGAUGCUUGUUAUGGCAUAUGGUAGAUCAUAUGGGUUGCCGGUUAUAACAACUCGCGGGAACAAUGUUUAUGGUCCUAAUCAGUUUCCUGAAAAGUUGAUUCCUAAGUUCAUCCUCUUGGCUAUGAAUGGGAAGCCUCUCCCAAUCCACGGAGAUGGAUCUAAUGUGAGAAGCUACCUCUACUGCGAAGAUGUUGCCGAGGCAUUUGAGGUUGUUCUUCACAAAGGGGAAGUUAACCAUGUCUACAAUAUAGGGACAACGAGAGAAAGGAGAGUGAUCGACGUGGCUAAUGACAUCAGCAAACUCUUUGGGAUAGACCCUGUCUCCACCAUUCAGUUUGUGGAGAACCGCCCAUUCAAUGACCAGAGGUACUUUCUGGAUGACCAGAAGCUGAAGAAAUUGGGAUGGUGUGAGCGAACCAAUUGGGAAGAAGGACUGAGGAAGACAAUGGAAUGGUACACUGAGAACCCUGAGUGGUGGGGAGAUGUUUCUGGAGCUCUGCUUCCUCAUCCACGGAUGCUGAUGAUGCCUGGUGACCGACACUCUGAUGGCUCUGACGAGCACAAGGAUUCGAAUGGUAAUCAGACAUUCACGGUGGUUACUCCCACCAAGGCUGGUGUUUCUGGAGACAAAAGAUCCUUAAAGUUCCUCAUCUAUGGGAAGACUGGGUGGCUCGGUGGUCUUCUGGGAAAACUAUGUGAGAAGCAAGGGAUUUCAUACGAGUAUGGAAAAGGGAGACUAGAAGACAGAGCUUCUCUCAUUGCGGAUAUUCGCAGCAUCAAACCAAGUCAUGUCUUUAACGCCGCUGGUUUAACUGGGAGACCCAAUGUUGACUGGUGUGAAUCUCACAAAUGCGAGACCAUCCGAGUCAACGUUGCUGGAACUUUGACUUUGGCAGAUGUUUGCAGAGAGAAUGAUCUGUUAAUGAUGAACUUUGCCACCGGUUGUAUAUUCGAGUAUGAUGCUGCACAUCCAGAAGGUUCAGGGAUUGGUUUUAAGGAAGAAGACAAACCAAAUUUCACCGGUUCUUUCUACUCAAAAACAAAGGCAAUGGUCGAAGAGCUUCUAAGAGAAUUUGACAACGUAUGCACUUUGAGAGUGCGGAUGCCAAUCUCAUCCGACUUAAAUAACCCGCGAAACUUUAUCACGAAGAUCUCGCGUUACAACAAAGUGGUGAACAUCCCAAACAGCAUGACCAUACUAGACGAACUCUUACCAAUCUCAAUCGAGAUGGCGAAGAGGAACCUAAGGGGAAUAUGGAACUUCACCAAUCCAGGAGUGGUGAGCCACAACGAGAUACUAGAGAUGUACAAGAGUUACAUCGAGCCAGAUUUCAAAUGGUCCAACUUCAAUUUGGAAGAACAGGCUAAGGUCAUCGUCGCACCACGGAGCAACAACGAGAUGGAUGGUUCUAAGCUCAGCAAGGAGUUUCCAGAGAUGCUUUCCAUCAAAGAUUCGUUGAUCAAAUACGUCUUCGAACCUAACAAGAGAACGUAAAACACAGACACACACACACUUCACCUCUCUCUGUUCACUAUAAUGUUUCUAUAUGAUUCAUUUACUCUUUUUUGCAUUCUACGACUUACAUGUAGCUCUCUUCACUCAUUCUACGUCACAACACAUGUUUGUUUACAUUAAGAUUAUAUUACACAGAUCAAUUUAUUGGAGUUGGUUUUUUCCUUUCAUUAUUGAUUCCUCCUACUCCUAUUUAUAAUUCCUGUUUUGUUUUCAUGUCAAGCAAGAUAUAGAAAAGAUUUGAAGACACAGAAAAGAAGAAGAAACGAAAUUGACUGAU